CCGGAAGUAGCAAGGAGUGACGACGAGGGCGAAAACUUCCUCCGCGUCAGGUCAGCGACGCGCGUCUUCCCCGCGGUCAUCGCAAACGGUCGAUUUUCAGCUGAAAAACACAAACAUCGGCGCGUCACCUCGCGUGCAGCAGCUGUCAGUCACACAGUUCAACGAAGUCUUCAGUUGUCGAGCAGUGUGAUCGGCAGGAUGAGUUCUGACGGUGGGGGGAAGCCGGUGAAGGUGGGAUCUCUGGUGGAGGUCAUCGGUAAGGGUCAACGUGGGACGGUGGCGUACAUCGGCGCCACUCUCUUUGCCUCAGGGAAAUGGGUGGGCGUCAUUCUGGACGAGCCUAAAGGAAAGAACGAUGGAACGGUGCAGGGAAAACGCUACUUCACCUGCGAGGAGAAUCAUGGGAUAUUUGUCAGACAGUCUCAGAUUCAGCUCAUGGAUGAUGGAGGGAGCUCCGCCACGUCUCCAGAAACACCUGACUCGGGGGUGUCCAAACUGCCCAAAAAAGAGAUCCAGGAGAUAGGGAAAGGAGUAAAGCAGACUCCAGCAGCCAAGAAGACUGCUGUGCGUCGUAGUACCAAGGCCGGACGUCCAUCUGUCGGUUCCGGGUUCUCGGGGUCCGUGUUGGUAGAAAAGGAGUCCACUUCCUCACCGCAGACGGCACUGGGAGCGCCUGUCGUACCACAGCCCGGUGGGACCCCCAGUGCCCACCAACCCACAACCACAAGCAAAGAGGAGGAGUCUCUUCGAGCUCAGGUGAAGGAUCUGGAGGAGAAGCUGGAGACUCUGAGGAUGAAGCGCUCAGAAGAUAAAGUCAAGCUGAAGGAAAUGGAGAAGCACAAGAUUCAGAUGGAGCAGCUGCAGGAGUGGAAGAUCAAGAUGCAGGAGCAACAGAACGACCUGCAGAAGCAACUCAAAGAGGCGAAGAAGGAGGCUCGUGAGGCUCUGGAGUCCAAAGAUCGCUACAUGGAGGAGAUGGCAGAUACAGCAGACGCCAUUGAGAUGGCCACGCUGGACAAAGAGAUGGCGGAGGAGAAAGGCGAGUCGCUCCAGCAGGAGGUGGAAAGUCUGAAGGAGAAGGUGGAGGAGCUCACCAUGGAUCUGGAGAUCCUCAAGCACGAGAUCGAGGAGAACGGGUCUGACGGAGCCGCGUCCAGUUACCAAGUUAAACAGCUGGAGGAACAGAACGGCCGGCUGAAAGAAGCCCUGGUCAGAAUGAGAGAUCUGUCGUCCUCUGAGAAGCAGGAGCACAUUAAGCUUCAGAAACACAUGGAGAAGAAGAACUCUGAGCUGGAGACACUGCGAGCACAGAAAGAGAAACAGCAGGAAGAGAUGAAGCAGGCUGAAGACACCAUAGAUGAGCUCAAAGAGCAGGUGGAUGCCGCGCUUGGGGCCGAGGAGAUGGUCGAGACGCUGACGGAGAGAAAUCUAGACCUGGAGGAGAAAGUGCGAGAACUCCGAGAGACAGUCAGUGACCUGGAAGCCAUAAACGAGAUGAAUGAUGAGCUGCAAGAGAAUGCCCGCGAGACCGAGUUGGAGCUCCGCGAGCAACUGGACCUGGGUGGAGCACGAGUCCGAGAAGCUCAGAAGAGAGUAGAGGCGGCCCAAGAGACAGUGGCCGACUAUCAGCAAACUAUCAACAAAUACAGAGAACUCACCACGCACCUCCAGGAAGUGAACCGAGAGUUGACCAAUCAGCAGAGCACCAGUGUGGAGCAGCAGCCAGCCCCGGAGCUCUUUGAUUUUAAAAUCAAGUUUGCAGAGACCAAAGCUUACGCGAAGGCCAUUGAGAUGGAGCUCCGUAAGAUGGAGGUUAAUCAAGCGAACCGGCAGGUGGCUCUCCUGACAUCCUUCAUGCCCGAGUCUUUCCUGAGACAUGGAGGUGACUACGACUGCAUCCUUGUGUUGCUGCUGAUCCCCAGACUCAUAUGCAAGGCGGAGUUGAUCAGUAAACAGGCUCAGGAGAAGUUUGAUCUGAACGGAGCUUCAGGAGAGCGCGCUGGACUCCGCGGGCCGGCCGGAGAGCAGCUGAGUUUCGCGUCUGGUCUGGUUUAUUCUCUGAGUCUGCUGCAGGCCACGCUGCACAAGUAUCAGCUAGCUCUGAGUCAGUGUGAUGUGGAGGUGUACAAGCGGAUGGGGACGCUGUACUCUGAGAUGAGCGUUCACGAGCGUUCUCUGGACUUUCUCAUUGAUCUGCUUCAUAAAGAUCAGCUGGACGAGACCAUUCAAGUGGAGCCGCUCACUAAAGCCAUCAAAUACUACCAGCAACUCUACAGCUUUCAUCUCUCUGAGCAACCUGAAGACUGCACCAUACAACUGUCUGAUCACAUCAAGUUUACUCAGAGCGCUCUCGACUGCAUGGGGGCGGAGGCUGGGCGUCUGCGGGCAUUUCUGCAGGCGGGACAGGAAGGGGCGGAGCUUUCUGUGCUGCUGAAGGACCUGGACACUUCCCGUGGCGACAUUGGUCAGUUCUGUAAGAAGAUCCGCAGGAGGAUGCCCGGAACCGACGCGCCUGGAAUACCUGCAGCUCUCACCUUCAGUCCCGAGGUGAGCGAGACGCUGGCAGACUGCAGGAAGCAGCUGACACGUGCGGUGGCGGUCCUGCAGGAAGUGGCGGCCGCCGGCGCUCAGAUGAUCGCCCCGCUGGCUGAACCCGAGGGCCUGAACGCAAUUAAAGUGGAGGAUGCGAUGUUUAAAGCCGUGGAGCAGGUGUACGGCUCUCACGAGCUCAAUCCUUACGAGUGUCUCCGUCAGUCCUGCUCUGCUGUCAUAGCAACCAUGAACAAGAUGGCCACCGCCAUGCAGGAGGGCGAGUAUGAUGCCGAGAAGCCUCAGCAAACGCGUCCUCCAGUGGAGAUCUGUGCGGCUGCAGUGCGAGCUGAGAUGACAGAUGCUGAAGGUUUGGGCAAUAAAGUGGAAGAUCGAGAAACUGUCAUCAAAGAACUGAAAAAAUCGCUCAAAAUCAAGGGAGAGGAGCUGAGCGAGGCCCACGUCCGUCUCAGCUUGUUGGAGAAGAAACUGGACACCUCCACCAAAGACGCAGAUGAGCGUGUGGAGAAGAUCCAGAGCAAACUAGACGACGCUCUCGCUCUGCUCAAAAAGAAAGAGAAAGAGUUCGAGGAGACCAUGGACGCGCUGCAGGCGGAUAUCGAUCAGUUGGAAUCGGAGAAGGUGGAGUUAAAACAGAGAAUCAGCAACCAAUCACGAGCUGCUGAUGUCUACCGUGGGCCGCAGGCAUCUGGCAUUGCCUCAAUCAUCACGGGAACGGCAGCAGGUGUAGUUGAAGUGGUGGAUUCUCCUCUCCUCAAACAACAGAUCGACAUGCAGCGACUCGCUAUCACACAUCUGAAGACUGAAAAUUACAGACUGAAGGCUGAGAAGAUGCGCGAUCAGCUGGCGUCUCUCCCUCCUCUCAGAGUGUCCAGUGUGACGGCGGUGAGAGACGGAAUCACAUCAGACACACUUUCAGGUUCACUUUACCGUAAAACAGAUCUUGUGCUCAACAACCUGCUGAAGAUGAGCGCUGGAGUCAAAGUAGUGGACAUCACCGGCAAAACACCAGCGAGUGCGAGCGCUCAGUUAAUGGAGCAGACGGCGAGACUGAAUUCAUUUAAAGAGACGCUGGAUAAACUGAAGGCCGAAGUGUCGCAGCACGUGGUCUCUCAGCAGCCCGGCGCCCGCGUUCCGUCCGACUUCGCCACGUUCCCGGCCGCCUCAUUCCUCAAGGCCAAAGAAGAACAGAAAAGCGGCGCCGUGCUGGUCGGCAAGGUGAUGAUUCCCUGUUCCCGUGGCAAUGAGCAGACGCAUUGCCUCGUCCUGUCGCAGCAGCAGCUGCAGCGCGUGCACCGCCUCCUGAUGACAUAAUCCGGUGCACGGCAGUGAGCGACAGCGGCCUUCUCCAAUCAGAUUCCACCGAUCACUCAGGAAACCCUUCAGACUUUUACUGCCAAAGACAAGAUUUCCUUUAAAGCCGCUCGACUCUUGAUGAUCAGUCAUAGAAAGAAAUGAAGCGUGUCUUAUUUACUCACUUCAUUUAAACCCGUGUCACGCCACGUUUUUAAGAACAGAAAUUUGAAAACCCCUGUCACAAGUGUUGUUCACAUAAACAUCAUUUGAAUGAAUGACACAUUGUUCCUUUAAUCACAUCCCUGGAGAAACACACCUCACACUUUCACAAAUAUCUCUGCCGCUGUGUUUGUUUUGAGAGUUAACAUUUGACAGUCUUUUGAAUUAUAUGCAGAAACGUUUGUUCAUUUCACAUUCUUAUGCAAUUUCCUAAAAACAUCUGUAUGAUUUAGUGAAGGAGCUAGAGGUCUGACACACGUCCUCACUCUGAUGCUUACAGAUCACUUAGGUCUUAAUGAUAAAACACAUGACUGUAUUUUAGAUUUGCAUCAAUGAAUCGCUGUAUUAAUUAAAUAUAAUAAAUGGACCUGGAAACCUUUA